UUCAAGGAUGCUAUAUGGGCGAGCACACCCUGCUCAAUCUCGGAACUGAACCUCUACAAGAAUGACAUCAAUAAUCAGGGUAGUCUCUACAUUUCUGCUGGACAAGUACAGGAUGUUGAUGUUUUGUGCUCAGCUGAGAAAUUGAAGUACUUAGUGCGUUUGAUUGUUGCUAAUGGAGUUGAUGAGGGUACGUUUAUCUUCACAACUGGGAAGUUCCGUUGGAUAGCAAGUCACAUCAUUGAGGAGAGUGACAAUGAGUGGUCCAACAACUUCAAGAACCUCUUAGCUUAUCUAAUGUUCAAUUCCUUUAAGUUCAUGGUUGAAGUUGGCGACUUUAACCCGGUGGCUAAUGAUUUCAAUUUAGUCCUCUGCAAGUUAUUCAGGUAGCUUAUAUAUUAGAGGGAUAUUUGCACGUCAUUCUCUUGAGGGUUGUUCUACUUAUUAAAGUUAAACUUUCCUAGCAUACAUUAUUAAUUUGCUGA